GUGGACGACUCUAGCAAAGUAUUUGGAACACAAAAUUCGUUGGCGGGGUAACGCUUGGAGGUUGUCAUCUUUAAGGACAAGCCUAGAGGUCGGAAAGAUGACGACACGCGGCUUUCUUAUUCUGCUGCUGAUUGUAUCCCUGUGCUGCAUCGCCUCCUCGGACCAUUGCACCAAAAUAAUCUACGUAUUCGUCGACGCGGAAGCGAACAAGGAUUAUCUGGCUAACAUCCUCCCCCCGGAAGACAAGGCUCAAAUCUAUGCCAUUAGUACGGGAACCCCAGGACAGGACCGCCUGGCAGACUUCGUGGGGAACGAGGCGCACAGGUCGGUGAUGAAAGAUCCGGACAACAUCGCGAAAAUGAUUGGGGAGUUCCAGGCACAGAAGUGCGUCAUAGGAGAAAGCAACCCGAAGAUGGAUCGGUUGCCAAGUAAGAAGCGAACAAAGGUCAAGAUAGGUAACAAAAUCCGCGAGAAGAAAGACAUAGUCCUGACCUUGGACAGCGCAGCUUCCCGCCAAGAGUUCGAAGAAGUGAGGCGUCUUGCCAUCAUCAAUCUGUACACACGCAGUCUCGGCGGCGACGGAUUAAAGCUCCAUCUAGUGACCAACAUCGGAAAUGAGGUCCAAAUCAGACACUACCUGAAUGAGGAAAAGUCUCUGAGUUACAUCCUCGAGAUUUCCGGCAUGAUGUAUGAUGAGGGAACCAAGAUUAUGGUUGUGGAGAUAUUGAAGCUGAUCAAGGAACAAUAUGACAAGUUUUCAACAGCAGAAAAGGCAAAGGCUGAACUCUUGCUUGCUGCGAAGGUGAACCAAGAGAACUUAGGAAAGAUCAAAUCCGACGCCAGUUUCUUUGCAAAUGGCGGCUUUCCGAUCUACAUCAACGGAGGUUCAGCAGGAAUGUGGUUGGAUCUGAUCCCCAGUGCGGUAGUGGCCAAUGUCGCCGACAUGGCUGACGCUAAAACAGACGAUAAGAAGGAAAAAUGGGACGGUGCGACGAUUAUGGUGCUGGACGGCUCCGGAGUAUCAAGCGCAGACAAAGUUUCGUUCGAGUCAGCGCGAUUCCACAUCAAUCACUUGUUGGAUACCUGCUGGUUUGGCGCUGGUGGGAUGAACCUGAACGUAGCAUUGAACCAGGAUGGGAAGGCGGAGCAUUUGGCAUUCAACAGCCAAGCUGAUGUCGCCAAGUACAAGAGUACGGUAGCCGGUUUGAAGUUUUCCGCCUCCGCCUCCGCCUCCACCCCCGACAUGAUCUUUAAGAACCUGCUGCAAGUCUUCGACAAAGUCCACGCCUCGGGGUCGUAUAACAGGAAGAAUCUUGUGAUAGAGAUCCCAGCCGGCCUGAAGCCCCCCACGGACAAAGCCACCAUCGCCAAACUCAGAGUCAUGGCGACUGUGGGCUCGGUGAGAUUGGUAAACAACGGCGGUGUUAUUGCCGCGUCUGCGCAAGGGGACUUGAAUGCCGUGAUUCCGAAUAUGCGGCCCUCCUUAGGCUAUCUUAAUCACGGCAACAACAUCUACCAAGCCAUCAACGAUAAUGUACUGAAGAAACAGAACAAGGAUCAAAAGAUCAUCAAGGCCAAGACAGACGGUGGUGAAAUCUUCAUUCGGCCCUCCGACGGCGAAGGAGGGCGCUUCCGAGUACCCGCCUCUGAGCUCGACUUCAAGGACCAACUCUCCCUGUUCGCCCGCACGAAGGUGCUAGCGAGCCAUGAGGGUACCAUUUUAGGAAUUCGUGGGGACGGGCAGACGUUCGAGGAGGGCCAGUUGUUGAUGGAGAUCAAGGGCGGGAAACUGCGCGCGACCGUGAAGACAGACGACGGGAAGACGUUCUCUGUGCAGAGCAAGGACGACAUCGCGAAAGGCUGGCGUCUCCUUGGCCUCCGGAUAAACUGCACGAAUGGCAUGAUGGGCAUCUCCACAGAUGGAAGGUUAUGCGGCAUCGUGAACAACGACCCAUUCAAACUGACGUUAAAUGGUAACAUGGACCUGCUGGGACGGAGGACGCUACUAUCUACGGCUGCCAUUGCUGCGUCGGAUAUCAUGAGCUUCAUGGACGAGGCCAAAGCCAGGGUAGACUUGAAUAAACUGUUGGAGACAAAGAAGUAUGAAAUAGACAAACCGAUCCCAACCCGCUACCACAACUUUUUCCGGGAAGAGGGAUUUGGUGGCUACUACUUCAUCAACACAAAUACCUUUAAGGACAACUUCAUGGUGACGAACGCCAAUGUUGGCCUGGGCAUUCGUGCGUUCACGGUCGGGGCGUAUUUCCACUACGCUGGCAAAGAUGGCGCCAUCUUACGCAUAGUAGGGGAAGGCCAAGGGCCGGCGCAGGCCGUCUUCGGGAUGAAGAUCAGCGGCGGAAAGUCCGCGGCGUGGUUCCGGUCCCCCGCGAAGAAAUAUGAAACACAGGGUAGUGUUUCUAUCGCCAAUGGCUGGCAUUUCGGCGCCUACCGGUACGACUACACAAGCGGCACGGUGUACCUGACAUUAGAUGGCGCUCUCGUCGGGCAGGGGAACGUCGGCACAUUCGAAUGGAUGAACUCUGGUGACCUUUAUGCUUACGGCAUGGGGUACCUCGAGACGAACGGCAUUUUCAUUAACAACAACUUCAUGGCUCUGUCGCGGGACAAAGAAAUUGCCGGUGCAGCUAUGAAGAAAUGGUUGGAGAAGUAUGGCUACACCUAUCACCAUGAGCUAAAUAUGCAAGUUUUCACGCUGCCCCCUGGUGCUCCAACAGAAAGCACAACAACUGCUGCUGCAGCGGCACCGGCUGGUGUGGGUGCCAGUCACGAAGGGAGCGGAUGGUUCAAGAAACGCAGGCGUCGUCGACGCAACUUCCCUAGACUGCGUUGGCGUUAGUCAGAUUCGGCUGAGAAUUGUCUCGUUAACAGUACUCCUCUAUCACGUCUAUACCGUGGCAUCAAUUGAAUAUACCAGUUACGGGCCAGAGUGGACUCGUCCGCGGAGGGGGUAAGGAAUAUGUAAUACGUUCCUCUCACUCCUCUACAAAGCAUUUGACAAAAUGAGCCCGAUCCGGAAUCCCGUCGAGUCUUUGAAGUGGCCCGUACCCGGUAUAAUUAUGCAACCAUACUUCAAGGCGUCAUUAUUCUCCAGAUCACUGUAAACUACCGAGUACUUUGUGGAUUAAGA